AUGCGCGUCUCAGUCACCACUUUGGCCGUCCUGGCAUCAGCUGCUUCCGCGGCUUAUCUCCUAGAAGAUGACUAUUCUUCCUCUUCCUUUGCAGAUAUGUUUGACUUCUUUACGGGCAACGAUCCGACAAACGGCUAUGUUAACUACAUCUCCUACGACCAAGCUACGAGUUCUGGCCUAUACCAAGCCGACAACGGGACCGUCUAUAUGGGCGUCGAUUCCACAAACGUUGCCUCCGGUCGUGGUCGAGACAGUAUUCGGCUAAGCACCAAGAAAACAUACAAUCACGGCCUCGUUAUCCUCGAUCUUGAACACAUGCCAGCAGGCGCAUGCGGGACAUGGCCGGCCUUUUGGAUGCUGGGGCCGGAUUGGCCAAACAACGGAGAGAUUGACAUCAUUGAAGGAGUCAACAGUCAAAAUGCCAACAACAUGGCUAUGCACACGAACGCGGGAUGUUCGAUUACUAGCACAGGAGCUUUCUCCGGCACGCUCGAGACGGAUGACUGUGACACCAAUGCUCCCGACCAGGCUACCAAUGCCGGUUGUGCCAUUCGCAGUCAAGACACUAGCAGCUUCGGCAACGGUUUCAACUCCAACGGUGGUGGUGUCUACGCGACCGAAUGGACGAGCGACGCUAUCAGCAUCUGGUUCUUCCCCAGGAACAGCAUCCCCUCUGAUAUCUCAAGCGGCAGUCCCGACCCAUCAAAUUGGGGUCUUCCCCAAGGCCAAUUCGCUGGCGCUUGCGAUAUCGACGAGCACGUCAAGGACCAGCAAUUGGUCUUUGACGUCACCUUCUGCGGCGACUGGGCGGGCCAGGUAUGGUCCACUGAUGCCACUUGCUCGACCCAGGCAUCGACUUGCCAGGAUUUUGUGCAAAAUAACCCUUCAGCUUUCCAGGAUACGUACUGGCUCAUUAACAGUUUGCGGGUGUAUACCGAAAACGGUGCCGUUGCACCACCUCCGACCUCCACCGCGACCACUCUGUCUACAGCUGUGCAAACAGCCACUCCAACCGAAUCAGUGACAGCCAUAACCCCCUCAGCCACGACGUUCUUCACACUCACUUCCUCCAGCGAGACAACGACUUCAACGGAAAGCACGUCAGUGACCAGCCUGUCGAGUACCCCGGUCGCAACUACUCCAAGCUCUACUCUGUCUACGGAGAGCUCUGUCCCAAAGACUUUGAUCACUAGCACUCAAGCGACCACAGCUCCAGCUGCAUCCUACACCUCAUGGCCUUCAUCUGGAUCCUGGAGCGGCGCGCCUUGGAGCACCGCCACCAACGGCAAUGGUGGAUGGGCCGGCUGGAAUUGGGGAGAGAACGGUGGCAACUCAAACGACUGGGGCAAUGGAAAUAACGGCAACGGCGGUGAACGGGGAGGCCGUGUCGGGAAUGGCUGGAGAUGA